AUGCAGCGUGGGCCCAGCACUGCCUCAAGCUUCAUAACGCAGGCACUUUCUCUACCAUUGUUGGCAAAGGAGCUUAACGAGCAGCUCCGAAGCAUCUGGCCUCCGUCGCCUGCUUGCUUGGAUCACGCCCCCCUAGCCAUCACUUGGGAGAUGACAAGGAUUGCUAUCCACUGUGGUGUUGAUUUGCGAGAAUUCGACUUGGAAUACGACCCUGGGCCAGCUGGGUCCUGGUGGCAUGACCGGGAUCAAUUCAUGUCUAUGAUUGAGAAGCACCCACUUUUUUGCGGCAAGGAACUUCCGGCUGCAAGCGAUAUGGAUGCGUGGAAUGCCGCUAUGCAUAGCUUCAAGACAGGCGACAAAAGUGUCAUCUUGGUUGCAGAGCUUGAACGGCAUUCUGUGGGCAAAGCGCAGUCCUUCAAGUUGAAGCCGCGGCCGCUUGGCCUGGAGCGCGGGCACCGUCUGGACAGGCGAUUUGGAGCCGAUCGAUUCUUUGAACUCAUCUUACCACCGAGGCAGCUGAAUGUCAAGAAAGCCGUCAAGGAAGCAGAACUGGAGGCGCUAUCUCAGUGGUUGAGUGGACAGCACCAUGACUUUCUCAGCCGCACAUGGCUCCCCAUAUUUGUGAGGGAUGACAAGAAAAGGGUCAAAGACCUUGGUACGGUCGCAACCUCCAAGGGAGUCCCAGUACAGCGAGUAACGUUCUUUUCGGUAAACGGCUAUCAAUUCCGGCCGAGGGGCUUCCCAACGCUGGAAGAAGCAGAGGAUCCGAAAAGACGCAGCGAGCUCUCGUACGCUGACUUUCUCCAAUGGGCUGUCGCCCUCGGAGACUCAGCUGGGCAGGCGAUCCCAAAACUCUUUUCGCGCAUCUCACUCAGCCUUAGCCGAAACAUACCAACCGUCGUUCUCGAAAAGCAUCAGAUGACGCAUUGCUCGAGUGACCUGCUCCCAUACCCGGACGGUGGGGAGAAGGUCAUGAAUGAUGGUGUAGGGACUAUGUCGAGGGGCCUCGCUGAAAAGAUCUGGUACUGCAUAAGGCCUGACUCACACCCAGCCGACACCCCAAGCGCUUUCCAAGGAAGAAUUGGAAGCGCCAAAGGCUUGUGGAUCAUAGAUCCACUCGAUUCUAGCGACGAUAUCUGGAUCAAGACAUAUCCAUCCCAGAGAAAGUUUGCGUGCCCCUUCGACGACGUGCAUCAUCGAACUUUUGAAGUGAUUGGAUGGCCCAAAAAGCUCUCGACAGCGUACCUCAACCAGCAGGUCAUCCUCAUUCUAGAGGCUCGCUCUAAAGACCCCGAGAAGAUGCGCAGGGUUGUUGGCAAACACCUGAUGACGACAAUAACCGAGGAACUAGAUCAGCAAAUGCGGGCACUGGACGAUCCCCUGAAUUACAUCUUGCUCAUGGACAGAUACGGUGUAGUCAGGACCGUUGACCGGCAGACCCAUGACUGCGUCCAAUACAUUGGAGGAAUGCCGAACUCAAAGUCGGAAGCGGUGAUAACCCUUCUCGCGAGCGGGUUCCAGCCUCGGAUGAAGUACGUGAGGGAGGCUAUAUGGGAGAUGCACGAGUCCCAGAUGACCCUCCUCCAGAACAAGCAAAAGAUCCAUGUGCCAUGCUCUACCUACGCUUACAUGGCGGCUGAUUUUGCUCACGUCCUGCAACCUGGCGAGAUACAUCUUUCAUUCUCUGAAAAGUUCGCGGCCGGGGAUUUUUCCGACACGCUUCUAGAGGGCAUGGAUGUCCUUGUCGCUCGGCUGCCGGCGCAUUUCCCAAGCGACAUCCAAAAGGUGCGCGUGGUCUCAAAGCCGGAGCUUCGAAAACUGAAGGACAUUGUCAUCUUCCCCACUCUCGGGCCCUACCCGCUUGCCGACCUUCUUUCCGGAGGAGACUACGAUGGCGAUAAAGCCUGGGUAUGUUGGGACCAAGAUAUUGUUUCCAACUUUGAAAAUGAGCCUCAGCACCCCCCGGAAUAUGAUUUCGUUGCGGAAGGGUACUUGGAGAAGGAGAAACUCUGCUAUCAUGAUAAGUCCGUCGCUAGCAAAGAAGCUAUAGUCAUGGGAUCUCUUCUCAGCAACUUAGUCGACCAGGCAAAAGCGGGCACAACCUUUACCGAUGCAGCCUGGGAAAGAUUUCGCAAAGACCGUCUUCAAAAGCAUGGAGAUUACGACAAGCCCGAGUACAAGAAUGCGACGAUGGACGACACCAAGAACAACAAGCGCCCUCAGGAUAUGCAUAUCCUAGACUAUCUGAAGUUUGAAGUUGCCCAGGGCCCCAUAAUGGAAGCAAACAAAGCCUUUUCCAAAGCUCUCGGACGCGAAGACGAUACUGUCCUCGAUUGGGAUCUCACCAGCGUCUCCAACGAGGUAGAAAUGCGUAUGGACCGCGGUCUGUGGAAAGAAUUAAGCCAGUCUCUGCGCACGGAGCUUCAAGCCCUUUUCGAUGAAUGGGACUGCACCAAAGCUAGAAUGAGGAAGGAUCAGGUGGCGGGUCUGCCCUAUCAGAGAUUCAUCAAGGCAACCUGGACCAAGUGGUUGGAGAUUGCGCCUGCCCCCCACCUCCGACAGCAUGAAGCCAUCAGCGGCAUGAACGAGAGGUGGAGUCGGAACCCGACUCUGGACAAGCUGCAAGAGGCCAAGGAUGGAAAGGAUGAUGACUGGUCGGCCCAGUUCAGCCAAUGGAACCUGUUCAAAGCGUCGUUUACAUUCUUCGCCUUCUACAGACGAAACUACACCUUUGCCUGGGAGACGGCUGGGCGUCAACUAUGCCACAUAAAGUGCAGGAUUGCGUCGGAAGUGGGUGACCGCGCAAACACGUCGUCCGUCCUCGUGAGCCCGAGGGUGUGGGCUGCUAUGAAGCCGAACAGCAAACACAUCCUGGCUCAGAUGGCCAAGAUGAACGACGCCAGGCAAGACGUCUUUUACGAUGAUGAGGACGACGGCGACGACGUGGAUUGUCUCGAUUAUUAUGAGCAAGAAUACGCAGACUCUAUCAUUGGAGACGACUGA